CAGCCGUGCUGCUCUUCCUCCCGCCCGCGGGGGGGCGCUGUUUCCGCCGGUUCCUUCGGGGCCGCUCUGGGCUCUGCACGUGUGUGAGAGCGGCGGUUCCGGCCCGGAUGGGGCAGAACCGGAGCUGGGGGGUGGGGGACAGAACGGGCCCGGGGGCAGGUCCCGCCGCCUCCGGGUCAUGUUCGCGGAGGAAGAGGAGAGUCCGCCCCGGGGUCGGCAGGGGCCCCGCAUCGCCCCCCAAGGCCCGGGCCGGCCGACCCCCGCGGGGAAGCGGCGGCGGAGACCGGGAGACGGCGUGGUGAAAGAUGAGGAGGAGCCCGCGGGGAAGCUGCCCGGGGCGCCGAGACCGAGCGGUACCGGGGAGAGCGGGCAGCGCCCCGAGAGAGCGGUUCCGGCUGAGCUGCCCGGGGCACUGGGCCGGCGGCCGAACCGGCGGCCGAACCGGCGGCAGCGGAGGAAUAAGCUAAAAAAGAAGCAGCAGCACCAGGAGGAGGAGGACGAGCCGCAGGGGGAGGCGGUACCAGAGCCCCCCGCCCCCUGUUCGGUCCCGGCGGAUCGUUCGGAGUCGCUGCGGGCCCGGAUGGAGGAGCGGCUGCUGGGGGCCCGGUUCCGAUACCUGAACCAGCAGCUGUACAGCACCAGCAGCCGGGAGGCGGCCCGGCUCUUCCAGAGCGACCCCGAAGCGUUCCGAAUCUACCACCGCGGGUUCGCCCGGCAGGUGGCCCGGUGGCCGCAGAACCCCGUGGACCGGAUCAUCCGGUACCUGCGCCGGCGCCCCCCCUCGCUGGUGGUGGCAGAUUUUGGGUGUGGGGACUGCAAGCUGGCGUGUGGGGUGAGGAACAGAGUGCACUGCUUCGACCUGCUGCCCCUCAGCCCCCGCGUCACCGUCUGCGACAUGGCAGAGGUGCCCCUGGCAGACGAGUCGGUGGACGUGGCCGUGUUCUGCCUGGCGCUGAUGGGCACCAACCUGCAGGAGAUCCUGGAGGAGGCCAACCGUGUGCUGAAGCAGGGGGGUACCCUGCUGGUGGCCGAGGUGGCCAGCCGCUUCGAGGACACCCGGGGCUUCAUCAGCGCCAUGGCUCAGCUGGGAUUCAAAAGCGUCUCCAAGGACCUCUCCAGCUCCUUCUUCUACCUCCUGGAGUUCUCCAAGACAGGACCCCCCCGCCCCAAACCCGCGCCCCCCGCCCUCCGUUUGCGGCCCUGUCUCUACAAGCGUCGAUGAGGGGCGGGGCAUGAAUGAGGAAGCCACGCCCCUUCACCCCAGGGGGCGUGGCCUCCCCAUUCAUGCCCCUGCCCCUCGGGCUUUGCCCAUACAGAGCACCGCUGGGGAGGGAGGGGGCGUGACCUGCGUCUGCGCGUGCGCAUUGGCCAAUAAAAACCGCUGAUUUC